AUCCCAACAAUAUUUGCAAUCAUAUCACAAUUUUAGCAGCUCACUUCUUUGUCUAGUUCUUUCUCUUUCUCUCUCUUCAUUUCUUGGCCAUUUUUAGUUAAGAAUUAAGCGCAAAUAUUAUGGAGGUCUCAAUGUUUUCUGGCUCUCCUGAUCUGGGAACGUUGAACAAUGAUCUUAACUAUUUCCAUAAUCAACUACAAGUCAACUUACUCGACGAGCUAUUAGGAUCAUCUCUACUACCUUCCUAUGGUGAUAAUAUUUUUUAUCAAGUCGAAUCGAAUCAAGGCCUAAUUAGCUGCAAGAGAUCACCACAAACUGAUCUGCAUCAAGCAACCAUCGUCGAAAAUCCCAUGAAAAAGGCCAAGACAAACAAUUGGGACUCUUAUGAUCAUCAAAUGAAUCAUGUAUUGUAUUCACAAGAUCAACAUGACUCCAAUUCAACCAUGUUGUCUUUUUCGAAUUCUUCCAACUCUUCUAUUAGCCAAACUUCAAGCCUUAUUACACCCAAAGAAGAAGCCAUCUCGAAUAAUAAUGUUAAUAACUUCUCUUUUCAUCAUGAAAUGAUUGUUAAUCAAGCUUCUAAACUUGACAAACAAAGUUGCAUUUUCGAGUCCCGGCCUCAUGUUGAUAGGAAAAAUUUCAAGGUUGGAAGCGUGCCGUCACAAGCUAUGGAUCAUAUUAUUGCUGAGAGGAAACGUCGAGAAAAACUUAGCCAAAGAUUCAUUGCUUUGUCUGCUGUUAUUCCUGGCCUUAAAAAGAUGGAUAAGGCUUCAGUACUCGGAGAUGCAAUCAAGUAUGUGAAACAAAUGCAAGAGAAAGUGAAGAAACUCGAGGAGGAAGCGAAAAAGAAAUCAGUAGAAUCAGCUGUUUUUGUGAAAAGAUCUUAUGUUUCUGCAGAAGAAAAUACUACUGAUGAUCAAUUAUCAGCAAAAUCAGCAGUUACUGAUGCUGCAGGUUCCUGUUGUGAAGGUUCAUUACCCGAAAUCGAAGUUCGAUUCUCAGAUAAAGAUGUUCUUAUUACAGUUCACUGUGAACAAAAGAAAGGAAUGUUUGAAAAACUCAUUUCUCAGUUUGAGAAACUCAAUCUAGCUGUUAUCAGCAGCAGUUCAUUAGCUUUCGGAGGCUCGGCUCUUGCUGUAACAAUUACUGCUCAGAUGGAAUCUGAUUACAGUUUGACAGCAAAAGAUCUUGUCAGACAUUUACACUCUACUCUCAAUUGAUGUUUCAUAUGAACAGUUUAGCUAGCUCUUUUCCAGAAUCUGUCACUAGCCAUGUACAAAUUCGCGCACUUUACACGUCGUCAUCAGAUAGUCCACCAGACCAUCAUUUCUCUGAUCCACCCUUAACAUCAACCGUCUGUUUGCUCCGAGGUUCAUUCAAUUUGCAGGAGGGUUUUUUUCCAAGACAAAUUUUUUGCAUGGUUUUUUUGGUAAAUCAUGUUACAAGUUAAUUACCCACUUGUUUUUAGAAAUGAUCUUGAGCUUUAUUUUUUAGACAUAAUUUUAUGUUUUUUUUAACCCAUAGUUUAUUUUGGGUGUUGUUAUUGUUAUGUAAUUGUUGUUUUAGAGGUGAUUAAGUAAAUUUCCUAGCCUCUUUUCUUUUUUUUUUAUUCAAUAGUGUAAAAUUUGGGAGACAUAAUAUUAUAAUGUAAAAUAUAUAAUUAAAUAUAUAUAUCGGAAAUUUCACCAUAUACCACUGAGUUUAAGCAUAAUUCACCGUAUACCACCAAAAACUUUCUAAUACACCAUAUACCACUCAGUUAUUGUAUAUUAACACAAAAUGCCCUUUUUGCUAACUGCCGUUAGUCUGCCGUUUGGGGGACUUUACUAAUUCACCAUAUA